CGCCCAACCUGAAAGAGAAAACAACAAUAUACCGAGUCAGGGAAUAACAAGGCUGUGCGCAGCGCGAAGAUGAUCUCCCAUCAUCUGACAUCGAGGUGCAGGCUGCUCCUGCUGCUUUUGCACUGCGUGGGAGAUUCCCACGGGAUGCCGCACGUCCUGAGAUUCGGGGGGAUAUUUGAGUCCAUCGAAAGUGGCCCAUCGGGUGCUGAAGAACUAGCCUUUAAAUUUGCUUUAAACACAAUCAACAGGAACCGAACUCUACUGCCAAACACCACUCUUACUUAUGACAUCCAAAGGAUAAACAUCUAUGAUAGCUUUGAGGCCUCCAGAAAAGCCUGUGACCAGCUUUCUCUCGGAGUGGCAGCUAUAUUUGGUCCUUCUCACAGUUCUUCAGCCAAUGCUGUCCAGUCCAUCUGUAAUGCAUUGGGGGUGCCUCACAUCCAGACCAAGUGGAAACACCAGGUUUCAGACAACAAAGACAUCUUCUAUGUCAGCUUGUAUCCAGACUUCUCAUCCUUGAGCAGAGCAAUCCUGGACUUGGUCCACUUCUUCAAGUGGAAGACAGUCACAGUUGUUUAUGAUGACAGCACUGGUCUAAUUCGAUUGCAAGAACUUAUAAAGGCCCCAUCACGGUACAACAUUCGAUUAAAGAUCCGGCAAUUUCCUGCACAGACCAAAGAUGCCAAACCACUGUUAAAAGAGAUGAAGAGAGGGAAGGAGUUUCACAUCAUCUUUGACUGUGGACAUGAAAUGGCUGCUGGGAUCUUAAAACAGGCUCUUGCUAUGGGGAUGAUGACAGAAUACUAUCACUAUAUAUUUACCACACUGGAUCUAUUUGCCCUUGAUCUGGAGCCAUACCGGUACAGUGGUGUAAACAUGACUGCCUUUAGAAUUCUCAACACUGAGAACAGCCAGGUGGCUUCCAUCAUAGAGAAGUGGUCCAUGGAACGACUGCAGGCUCCCCCUAAACCUGACUCUGGUCUUCUGGAUGGCUUCAUGACAACGGAUGCUGCACUAAUGUACGACGCGGUGCACGUGGUGGCCGUGGCCGUGCAGCAGUCUCAGCAGAUCACUGUCAGUUCCUUACAGUGUAACCGACAUAAGCCUUGGCGCUUUGGGAACCGCUUCAUGGCCCUCAUCAAAGAGGCCCACUGGGAUGGCCUGACUGGGAGAAUAACAUUCAACCAGACCAAUGGCUUGAGGACAGACUUCGACCUUGAUGUUAUCAGCUUGAAGGAGGAGGGGCUAGAGAAGACUGGGACCUGGGACCCUCCAAGUGGCCUUAACAUGACGGAUAACCAGAGAGGAAAGACAACUAACGUCUCUGAUUCCUUAUCCAACCGAUCCCUUGUCAUCUCAACUAUAUUGGAGGAGCCAUAUGUGAUGUUUAAGAAGUCUGAUAAGCCUCUGUAUGGGAAUAACCGCUUUGAGGGUUACUGCAUCGACCUGCUGGGAGAGCUCGCCAACAUCUUGGGCUUUACCUAUGAAAUCCGCUUAGUGGAAGAUGGAAAAUAUGGUGCCCAGGAAGAAAAUACAGGCCAGUGGAAUGGCAUGGUGAAGGAAUUAAUUGACCAUAGAGCCGAUCUGGCAGUGGCACCCCUUGCCAUCACAUACGUGCGUGAGAAGGUUAUUGACUUCUCCAAGCCCUUCAUGACAUUGGGUAUAAGUAUACUCUACCGCAAGCCAAAUGGGACCAACCCAGGGGUCUUCUCCUUCCUCAACCCCCUUUCACCUGAUAUCUGGAUGUAUAUUCUGCUGGCUUACUUGGGUGUCAGUUGUGUGCUGUUUGUCAUAGCCAGGUUUAGUCCCGACGAGUGGUAUAAUCCCCACCCUUGCAACCCUGACUCGGAUGUAGUGGAAAACAAUUUCACCCUGCUAAAUAGUUUCUGGUUCGGAGUUGGAGCUCUCAUGCAGCAAGGAUCUGAGCUCAUGCCGAAAGCCCUCUCCACCAGAAUUGUAGGAGGAAUCUGGUGGUUUUUUACUCUCAUCAUCAUUUCCUCCUACACGGCAAACCUUGCAGCCUUCCUCACUGUGGAGAGGAUGGAGUCCCCUGUUGACUCUGCUGAUGAACUGGCCAAGCAGACCAAGAUAGAAUAUGGAUUGGUAGAGGAUGGUGCGACUAUGACUUUCUUCAAGAAAACCAAGAUCUCCACUUAUGAUAAAAUGUGGGAAUUCAUGAGCAGUCGGCGGCAUUCUGUGAUGGUAAAGAAUGUUGAAGAAGGCAUUCACAGAGUACUCACCUCAGAUUAUGCUUUCCUCAUGGAGUCGACGAGCAUUGAAUUUGCCAUACAGCGCAACUGCAACCUCACCCAGAUUGGAAGCCUUAUUGACUCACAAGCCUAUGGGAUCGGCACUCCAAUGGGCUCUCCAUACAGGGACAAGAUCACUAUUGCCAUCCUGCAGCUUCAGGAGGAAGGCAAGCUGCACAUGAUGAAGGAGAAGUGGUGGCGAGGAAAUGGCUGCCCAGAAGAGGAAAGUAAGGAGGCUAGCGCCCUUGGGGUUCAAAACAUUGGCGGAAUCUUCAUUGUUUUAGCUGCCGGACUUGUCCUCUCCGUGUUCGUGGCAGUGGGAGAGUUUCUCUACAAGUCCAAACAAAAUGCUGAACUUGAAAAGGCCCAAUGGCGACAACGAGAUAAGAAACAGGUCCUUCUGCGGUGUCAUGGUGGACGAACUGAGGGUUUCACUGAAGUGCCAGCGCAGGCUCAAACACAAGCCUCAGGCACUCGUCAUGGCAAAAACGGAGGAGGUUAUCAACAUGCACACCUUCAACGACCGCAGACUGCCAGGGAAAGAGACCAUGGCGUGAAAUGGGAAUCACUUUCUCACACUCAGCUCUGCAAUGAGGAGGCAUGUAGAGACACUUGGCAGAAAUGUGGGGGAAAUUGGUAAAGGGGAGGGCAGAGGUGCUUGAGAGUGCAUUGACAAAGAGUCGUUCCUAUUAAAGAUUAACUUGGAUUCAAUCAUAUUUCCUGUGGAAAUAAGUUGAACCGAGGAGAAUUUUCAGCAAGUUAACCUCAUUAUUCUUACCACAAUAACAAGGCACAAAGUAUUGGCAGUGGCGUUUCUGAGCCUGGAAAAAAAUGCAAUGAGAAAGGAAGAGGUCGGGAAUAUUCAAAUUUCAGGUGGAAUGUGCCUAAUCAUCAUCAUCAUCUUAAAUGACUCAUGCUGCCUACAUAAUGAAGCAGCCACAUGAGGUCGCUUUGCUACGACCAUAGUCAAAUUACAUAUAGAGGGACUUGGAAACUAACAAUAUUGAUUUGGGUGUUUUCAAACAUGAAUUGAACAAGCAAACUCAAAGCUCUCAACUCAAGGAUGACGAUGACAGAUUUCAAAUUGUAUUGGGAAAUACUGUAUUGCUUUUUCACAUAGUGUCUGAUUUAUUGAGAAAAAGUCAUAUAUCAUCCAUCAGGCAAUAAGUGAUAUUUAUUUGUGUUUCAGAGUAGACUUUUAGCCUUUAAAUGUAGUGUGUGGGAAGGAUGCAGAAAUAAAAACGUCUAACCAAAGGAUGCAUGGUUUAGGGCCAAUAUAGCAAGCUGUUGAGUUCCAUGUAUCGUAUCAGCCAGUAGUCGUAAAUAGAGAUUCAAUGAGGUGCACACAUCGUUACUUUCAAUUUAGAAGAAUGACUGGCACAGCUACAUGAAUUCACAACAGUCACACGUGGAUAAACUGUAUUUCUUGUUUGAUUUAGGACAUUUUGCACAGGAUGGAUUUUCACUGAGGCAGUAAAUCUCAAGUCCAUGUCUGUAUGAGUAUGCUAAAGUUUCUAACGAUAUGCUCUGUGUCAGGUCUCAUGUGGCUUUUUUUCCAUUUCUUUGACAGCGAAUCUAAUAUUUGUAUGGAUUUACAAUUUCUCAGAAACAUUGUUUUGUACAAAGAGAACCAACAUUUUGUAUUGGUCUUUACCAACAUGAACUUGACCGUCAAGAGUGUUGUCGUUUAAACUAUGUUCCCACCAAAACCUCAACACGAGAGACUUGGACCAACAUAACCAGAAUUAGUGUACGACAACAAGCAAAAUGUGUGCGAGGUUUUUUUCCUCUUGCUGUGACUGGCAUCAGUCAGGAUGUUUUUCUCAUCUGCUGUCUGUGGGAUUUACCGUCUCCACAGUGACUGUUCAGCAUACAUUCGAGGGCGGCUCGGAAAAACAUACGAAAGGAAUUGAAUUUCUUUUAUUGACGUAAAAGCCCCCCCAACAACCUGCAGUAGGAUACCCCAGACUGGGAGCUUACACAUUGAGCUGACACCUGAACACGUCCUCACAUUGAUAUGCACUCUUGUUUUCUCACAGAGAAUCACAGUUGAUCAAAUGUGUAUUAUUGGUUUUAAAAAAUAUGUAUUAAAUAAAACAUGAAUUUGUUGUGAAAACUAAAUUCAGUUCACCGUUUACCCUUUGAAGUUGAUGCACAAGUUCAAAGCAAAUAAAGUACAAUAUUCACAAACUACA